CGCCCUGUUGCUCCAGCAGGUCAGCAAGUGAGACUGCAAACCACUGCAGUUACCAUUCCAGGUCUUGGAGCCGUAAUACAGUCUAAUACAUCAGCUGCUACCUCCCAAGUUGCUAUUGCAUCUAGUCAAACUCAGGCAGGUGUUGCCACUAACAAAAUUUUGUUGCCAUCGACUCCUGUGAAAGUGACAAGUUCUGAGACAAAGCAAAUUUUAGCUAGUCCUACUAAGGUUGUCACUGUAACCAGUAAAGGAGAUGGAUCCACAGCUUCACAACAGUUUGUUUUAACCAAUGCCAUCAAGCAACAGAUUGUAAGGCAAGCUUUAAUGAAUCAACAUGCAUCUCCUGAAAUUCAACAAAAGCUUUUGGCUAUGCAACGCCACCAGCAGCAACAAAUGCACAAGCAGCUUGAAGCUGAGGGCAAAUCUACAGUGCCACUGAAAAUAGCAAGUCCAUUAACUUCUGUAUUAAUUGAUAAGAAUAAAAGCAAAACAUUAACACCUGAGCAAAGAGAAGACAGUCAAAGGUUAGCAAUAUGCCAGCAAGUACUGAAAUGUCUUGUGGACCGUGUAGAAAGGGAAGAAAAAAAUACUCAACGAAAGCAAAAAAUGAAGGAAACUGCUGAAGAAAGAAAAGUUAGAGCAAGCAAUGCGAAACUUCAGACAAUGCUUGUGAAACAUACAGAACUGUUAAGAAGAGAUAUUCUUAAAAAGCGUGCUUUAAUGGAAAAGGAAAUACAAGUUGAAAUACAGGCUGAAGUACAAGAUGAAAUCAAGAAAAGGGAAACUCUAACAACAGCAAUACCACCUCAAUCUCUAUCUGUUCAGGCACCAGUAAUUCAACAGAAAGUAGUUAAAACUGCAAAAUCUCCAAAAGCUGCAACUGCACCGACAGCAGCAGCAGCGACGACAACAACAACAACUAAAGGAGCAAAAGCAUCUAAGUCACCAAAAGCUGCUAAUAAACCUGUUCAAAAUAAGACUCCCAAGGUUGAAAAGGAGAUUAAGGAAGAUAAAAUUGCUAAACCACCAAAAAAGAGGAAGUCACAAUCAAGUGAAAGUGAUGUUAAUGCAGAGCAGAAUUCUAAAACAUCUAAAAAGCAGAAAACUAUGUCUAUCACAAAGCCUGCAGAUCAUAAAGCUCUUGAUCAGAGGAAAUUGUACUGUAUAUGCAAAAAGCCUUAUGAUAGUAAAAGGUUCAUGAUUGGUUGUGACAUGUGUUCUAAUUGGUUCCAUGUUGAAUGCAUUGGAUUAACCGAAUUGAAAGCCAAAUCCAUGUCUAGAUACGUUUGUAAUGAUUGUACCAAAGCAACUGAAACUGCUGCAGAAGAAUUGUAUUGUUUAUGUCGUUCACCUUAUGAUGAGUCUCAGUUUUAUAUCUGCUGCGAUCGAUGCCAAGAUUGGUUCCAUGGUAGGUGCGUUGGUGUGUUGCAGAGUGAAGCGGAUUCUAUAGAUGAAUACAUCUGUCCAAACUGUCAGAGUAACACUGAAAUUAAUCAUGCAAAUUUGAAGUUGCUUGAAAGUAAAGAUUAUGAAAAUAUUAGGCGACUCUUGAAAACUCUCAUGUCACAUAAGCAUGCUUGGCCAUUUAUGAAACCUGUGGAUCCCUUAGAAGCUCCAGAUUAUUACAAAGUCAUUAAAGAACCAAUGGAUUUGAAAACUGUAGAGCAGAGGUUGAAUUCACAUACUUAUAAAAGGCUUGCUGACUUUAUUGGUGAUAUGACAAAAAUAUUCGACAAUUGCCGAUACUACAAUCCAAGGUCAUCUCCUUUCUACAAUUGUGCUGAAAUGUUAGAAUCAUUUUUUGUACAAAAAAUUAAGUUAUUCAGAGAGAGUAUCACAUGAAUGUGGGAAACAUUGAGUUAUGACAGUUAUGCUAUCAGCUGCUGAAGAUUGUUUGGUCUGUAUGAUAAAAAGACUCUCAGAGUGUAUGUUUAUUUAAGAAUGCUAUUCCCACCCAUGCAUAAAAUUACUGUAAAAUUAAAAUUUUUCAUGAGGAAAAGGUAUCUGAUAGAUGCUUGAAAAAAAGUUCAAAUAUUCAUUUUUAGUAACCUCUCUGGGCUCAUCUGCUUAAGUACCUGUUGCAAAUAUUUCAUCAGCAGAUUGGAAUAAUUGUGUGAAGUAACUCAAGAUUUUUGUAAGAACUUACUUGCAUAAUUUUAUCUGAAAAUGGGGCUUGUAAAUAAAUCUGAAUGUCAGCCUGCAUGUGUUAGCAAAUUGUGGGAGCCCCAGCAACAUUGCACCUGUAUUAUACUGUAAUUUGUGGACAACUAAAGGUUUUAAGCUUAAAUUUUACAACUAACCUUUUUGUACGAAAUACAAUAUCAUCAGUGUACUAAAAAUCAUAAAAUCAUUAUGUAAUUUCAUUUGUCAUUUUAUGAAUGAGAAACAUGUUCUCAGAUGUUGUGUAUAAAAUGUAAAAUGUUUUCCAUAAUUUGAGAUAAGUUAAGAAAUUCUCAAAACUUUUACAGCUUAGUGUGAAUUAUGACUAUUGUCUUAUUAAUAGUAAAGGUUCACUUUUUACAUAUGAUUAUGUUACAUAAAAGAUUAAAUCUGGAAUAAAAAUGUUCUUAGUAUAAAAAAGCAAAUAUAUUUUUGAUUAUUUAAACUGAAGAAAUUGUUUAUUUUCAGCUGCUAUUUUCAGUAUAUCUACUACUGUUACUUUUUCCUUCAUUUUCUCUCUGUUAAUAUCUUUGAUUUUUUACUGUUAGUAUGCUAUACGCUAUGUUAUAAUUUCUUAUUUAUUUUUUGGUAAAUUCUCUCAAAUAACUUGAUUAGAUUUGAAUUGUUGCUUAUUAUGAUAUCAUAGAUAAGGAUCCCACUUCUAGUUAAGUUGCUAUGAAAUAUUUGAAAUUAUAGUUGCCUUUUAAAUCCAUAGCAUAUAUUUGGAUGCGAAUUUAUAUUGGUUUGUUUUAAAUUUUCUAAUACAGAAUACGCUCAGAAAUCAAACUUGGUGAAAGUACAUUUUUAGAGGUACGUUUUAUACGUUGUUUAUUAUCUGAAAUUUAAAAACAGCAAUUAAUGAUUUAUAGUAUUUGAAUAAUACCUAAAUAAAUUGUCUGGUCUUUAAAUUGUAUUAUUAAGAUGCUUAAAAAUGUGUAGUAUUUUAGAUUUUGGUUGAAAUUAUAAUAUAUAUUAAAAUAUAAUUAUAUGUUAAUAGUGAACUCAUUGAUAGCACCAGAUCUGAUAAUACUGCGAGCUGUAUGUAAAUAUCAAUUGUGUAUAUUACAGUAUGCAUUUCUCAUUGUAUAUUUUGCCAUUUCAUCAUAGAAAAAAACGUGGAAUUUUUUUAAAGGCUUUUGGCUGUUUGUUUUGUUUUAGAAAGUAAUCUAUUGAGAUUACUGCAAUAAUUCAAAUUUGUAUGUUUUCCUGUUGCUUGUUAAUUAAAUCCCUAUCUUGUAAAGAAAAUUGAUUAUAUACUGCCUGAAAUGUUGAAAGAACCAAGAAUAUUUCACUUUUUUAAAGAGCUAACAUUUCAGUUGACCCAAAAUUUUGUAAUUGAUUCUUUAAUUUUGUAUUGUAAGUACAAACCUGUGUAUGAUGUUAACAGUUUUUAAAUAUCAUAACAUUUGUUUUGAUACUUUAGAUAAUUCUUCCUGGUGACUUCUGAUCCCAGAUUAAAUAUUUGACUUAUUAUUAAUGGGAAAAUUAUUUAUAUUGAUAAUAUUUAUAAAAAAAAUAUGAUGUUUCUUUCUGGAGAUGUGUUAUAUCCACAGGUUUUCAUGCUUAAUUUUCAUAUGAGCAACUAAAUUUCAGGAAAUAUGUUAUUUUCUUUCAGUAACAGAGAAUUUUAUUUCAUUUAUUUUGAAUGUAUAGAAGGAAAGGAAAAUAGAUAUAGAAAAAAAGGAAAAGGUCUGUAGGAAAUAGAUUUUAAUAGCUUAGACUGAAACAGUACUUAUAUCUAACUUAGGACUGAAACAAUGCUAUGCUGUUAAUUUUUUUUAAUUUCUGAUCUACUUCAUAAAUUUUUAAAUUUAUAAACUGGUUAACUUUACUGCCCAAAACACAUUAUUCCAUGUAAUGCCAGAAUACAAAAGAGCAUGUUAUGCAAAUUUAAACUGUUUGUACUAUCAAAUUUGUAUUAUAUAUUUUUGUUGUAUAUCUAUUACAAUUUUUACAAUAAAAAACAUAUAAUAUACAUUUAAUAGAGAAAAAUUAAAUUCGCAUAUUCCUUUAUUGUCUGGCAUUAUAUGAAGUACUUUGAAUCUGGGUAGUUAUUUAAAUUCUUAGCUGUCAGUAUUUUAAUGUAUUCAGAGAAGGGUAUUAAAUUGAAAAAUUUAAGAAAAAUAUUUUGAGGAAUUAAAUGAGAAGAAAAGGUUUUAUAUUGAAUUUGUGUAAAAUGUUUUCCUUUAAAGUGAUAUCAAUAUGAGAGUUCAUGAGAUUUUUCAACUGUUCCUGUGUUACUAGAUUGUGUACACAGUUAGUAAUACAGACUGACAAAUACUUGAUUUUAUAUAAUAUCUUAAAUAUUUUCACUUACAGCAUUAUGUGUCAGUUUAGAAAAUAGAUUAAUAUAGGCAUGUAAUAUUUAUAUCCUAUUCGUGUAUUUUCACGUACUGAUUUACUGGGGACAGUGUCCAUAGUUAGUUCAAAUUAAUGGUAAAUCCCAAGUUCAGGAGGGGGGGGAUAACCACAUUAUAAUUAAAAGAAAUAACAACUCCGAUUUUCAAGCAGUUUGGAAAAUAAUGGUUAUCACUAUUCUAAAUAAAAAGAACAGAAAUAACAGAAAAAUAAAUAUAAUUAGAAAUUAAGUUAGAAAAGAUUCAUUAAAGAACAAUAUUUGUAAAAGAAUUUGAAUGUCAUUGAGCAUCUAAUAAAUAUUAAUUAGAUGCUUGUUUUUUUGGCAGUUUUUAUAAGAUUAGUGAUUUUAUCUCGGAAUAUGUAGAAAAAUAGUGUGACAUCAUUUGUAGUCGCUUCUAUAAUACCAUGAAUUUUUUGUUUAAUGUUGAUUGUUUGUGAUAAUUUUUGCAUCACUUUGGAGCAAAGGAGGUAAACUUUUUUUAAAGAUAGGGUUGACUGUAUCUGUAUGUUAAGUACAAUUCAGUCUGAGCAUGCACAUCAUCCCAAUGUUUCAUUUUCUGUUAAAAGUGUUACGAUAUAAUUAAAUGUGAAUUUCAGUUUUUUAACAAUAGCUGUUGUAUGUUUUUGCUUUUGAGAAGGAUUUUAAUAUUUUUCACAAUAAUUCAUUGUUUAAAAAAGUAAUAUAUUUAUAGAAUUAUGUAUGGUUUCAGAGUUAUUCUAAAUUAUAUGGAGAUUUUUAAUGGACGGGAAUUUUAGUUACAUUGUAAAUUGCCUGAAAAGCUGUGAACACUUCUUCCUUUUAUUCUAACUUCCUUCUAUUAGCAUUUGUAACCAUUAAGUAGAAAAGUGAAAUAAAUUAGAUUGUUUUAAUGGUAACAAAAUAAAUGCCUGUGGAAUUUUUAAGAAUAUUUAAGUUUUAGAAAUUGCCAUGUAAAAGAAUAUUAAAAAGUUGUAUUAUCACUGAUGCUCUGCUUCUUAACUAAACAUGGAAGAUCACUUUAACACAUAAGAUAAUAAUACUCAGUUAUCAAACUUUUUCCUACAAAUGUAAUAAUUUUAUUGCUAAAUCAAACAUUUAGAACUUUUAUUAACAUUUGUGUACUUCGCAGCAAUCUUUAUUAUUUGUCAUCAAACUGAUUAUUUCUUAUUGAAACUAAUGCAUAAUUAGCUUUGGUAAUAAAAAAUCAAGCCUCUGUUUUCGUUUGAUGCAAGUUCUUGUUUUAUAAUUCAAAAAACGUUGUUCAAAAAUAUGUAAUUCAUGUUUAUUUUUUUAUCUUUUAAGCUUAAACUCUAUUUUUUUUAAAUGAAAAGUAACAAAUUAAAGCAUUUUUUAAAUGUGCUUUUUCAAACAUUUGUGGAAUUAAUAUCCUUGUUUAAGUUCCUGUUUAAUUUAUCUAUCAGAAUAUUAUCUAGCAGGUUGUUUAUUCUUCACAUAAUCUUUCUCUUUGUAUUUUAAAAAUGGAAUUGUGGGAUCAGAAGUAUCUUACUGUUUUAAUCUUUUGCAUUUUUUAAAAUUAGUUUGCUAUGAUAAUAGAAGUAUUUUUAUUUAAAUAUCCUGAUUUUUUUUUUUUUUUUUUUUAUAAUCAUGAUAAUUUUGUUUUGAAAUUACAUUGCUGGUGUAUAUUUAAGUAUUGACCUUUUAAAAUGCAAAAUGAACAAGAACUCUUUCUUUACUAAGCAGUGCAUAUAAUUUUAUUAAAUGUUUUACUGUAUUGAAACACCUGCCUUUAUAUUUGAUGACUUUUUUCUUCAACUUAUUUAGAUUGUAAAUAUACUGGAUGCGCUUUAGAGUUAAUUGAAUUAACAUCAUUUGGAACCUGUAAAUUUGCCUCACAGAUUUCUAGAAUUUGGGACAUCUGUUUAUAUUGUCAGACUGUUUUAAGGAAGAUGAAUCAUCUUUCUUAUAACCUAAAUUGACUUGUUUUGACUUUGAAAAUUUCUUCAAGGUCUUUACAUAUAUAUUGGAAAAAAAUAAAUAUAUAUAUAAGUAUGCAAGUUAUAAUAUAUAAAGUUCAUUUACAUUUUUAACCUUAAGAAAUUAUUUAUUUAUUUAAAUAGCAUUUUUUGUGGAUUAAGAAAUGACAUUCAAAACUCAGUUAUUACCCUGUAAUUUUAUUUUAACGACUUUCUUGUAUAUUGUUAUAGUCCUGUGUAUAUAAUGCUAUUUACAAUAAGAACUGAUUGUAAUUUGUACCAUCCACAUAGUGGUACAAUCACCAAAUUUGUAGAUAGUAAACAGCAAUGCUGCGUGCUUGUGAAUGUCAUUUGUAUUUGAAGUAUUAAAAAGAGGAAUAUGAGAUGUUCA